AUGCGCUUCAACCUCUCUACUGUCAUCCUCUCUCUGUUCAUCGCCAGCUCGGUCAUCGCUGCUCCAGCGCCUGGUCCCAAUGCGUCCGAGCUGGCGAAGCGAAGCUGGCUCGGUGACAAGAUGACUGAAUGGUUCCAGGAAGUCAAGAACUCUUUUAGUUGUGGAGCUUGUGUUACUGGGCUGGUAACCGUCAAGGAUAUUGCCUGGUUGAAGCGAAGCUGGGCAUUGGACGGGUUGUACACAAACUCACCCGCAACCGUCACCUAUGCUGCUCCUUCCUGGGGAGACUACAACUGUGAUGCGCCUCCCAAGUUGGCCACAAGCAUGCUCGACUAUGUCCCUUCCGUCGCCAAUAUCUCCUUCGGAAUCAUGACCGGGGACAUCCCUCACCACGAUGCCUGGCUCGAGACCCCCGAGAAAAUCAUCCCUCAGCUUAAGGCUGCCUUUGACGUUAUGACCAUUAUCAAGGCCAAGAUCUACCCUGCCAUCGGAAACCAUGAAACCUCACCUCUCAAUGAUGCUGUCAAGUCGUUCAAGAAUUACGGAUCCUACACCCUCAUCCCCGACCCUGGACUUCGCAUCGUCUCGCUCAACACCAACUUUUGCAACACCAUGAACUUUUAUCUGUACGGUCAUACUUCUGAUCUGACUCAGAAUGCAGUCUCGACUGCUUGGAUCGGGCCCUCUGUCACGCCUUACACCGGUCUCAACCCUGCCUUCCGCGUCUACAAGGUCGACACCAAGAGCUGGAACGCCUUUGAAUCCUUGACGUGUGUCGCCGAUCUCGACAAGUCUGCCUCAUGGGAUGCGACUGGCUCGUCUCCUAACCGGUACCUCGAAUACUCAGCCCGUCACGCCUACUCGGCCUAUGUCCCCAUCGCUGCUGACCAGCCCCUGAGCGCUGGCUGGUGGCACAACGUCACCAAUGCCCUUGAGUCCAACCCCGCGGCGUUCAAGCAAUACUGGUCCCUCCGCGGGUACAGCGCCAACCGUCUCCCAGAGUGCACGCAUGCGAACGGAUGUGUUGCUGAUAUUGUCUGCGACUUGCGUGCAAGCAUGCGAUCCGAAAUCUGCAACGGUGUCGUCGUGCCCCUGAAGAAGCGCGAUGAUGAUCACAGUCAUGACGCUUCAGCAGCUGGAGCGGAUAUGUCGCCCAACCUGCUGCCUCUGUCAUCACUGGCAUCAAAUUCCUCGGCGAGUGGGGACCUAACGCCAAGCCCUGGAACAAGAAGCUCUGCUAAGCAUUAUCCACAUACCACGUAG